AUGGGAGGACAUCUCGGUUUUGCCCGGACCUGGGACCGAGUGCGGAAGCGGUUCUUCUGGCCUCAAGCGAUCAACUUUACGGAGCAGUAUGUGGCGUCUUGUGCACCGUGCCAGGCGCGGAACCGGUUAACGACGAAGGCGGCCGGACCGAUCCAGUCGUUCUGUCCAGAGCGGCCGUUCGAGAUGUUAGCCAUGGAUUUUCUGGGGCCGUUGCCCAGAUCCAAGCGUGGAAACCAAUAUAUAUUGGUCGUGACUGACCUUUUCACUAAAUAUGUAUUGGCAGGCGCAUUUCCGGUGCAGAGUGCGAUGACAGUGGCGAAAUUCUUGGUUUUUGAAGUGUUUCUGCAGCAUUCGUUUCCCUUGAGGAUCUUGAGCGAUCAGGGGACACCGUUUGUCAAUCAGCUGACAAGCGACCUUUACAAGGUACUGGAAGUGAAGCGCGUUACGACGAGCGGAUAUAUGCCACAAACCAACGGCUCGUGCGAAAGGUACAAUCAGACGCUGGCGCAUAUGAUGUCGAAGUUCAUAGACGCUGAGCAGCGCACCUGGGACGAGGUGCUGCCGUUCGUGGUGUUCGCGACUAACACCAGUAAGCACGACACGACGAAAGAAUCGCCGUUCAAGCUGCUGUACGGAAGGGAGCCGACGCUGCCGGUCGACAUCGCCUUUCCAACGGUGGCGGAUGCGUUCGUGUAUGAUGUCGGAGAGCGGAUGGAGGCGCUUCAUGCAAAGGCGAAUGCGCGCAUUGAGGGGAAGCAGAACUACCUCCACGCCCACGACGAUCACCCGGAAGUGACGUACAAAGACGGGGAUUACGUUUUGGUGUUCAACCCUGCCGGAAAGCGCGGUAAGGCGACCAAGUUACUGAGUCGUUUUUAUGGGCCCUACCGAGUGCUUAGGCAAACGUCGCCCGUGAAUUACGAAGUGGAAACUUGCGGGAUCCGGAAGCGAAGGAACGUUUUCGUUACCCACGUGUCAAAGAUGAAGUUGUUCAAGGAUCGCAACGAGAUGUUCGUUGACUCCGAGGAUGAGGACGGCGAAGGAUGGAUUCCUGUCGCGCGUCCCAAGCAACUGGUGGACCACGAGGAAGUCACGGACACGGUGGCGGAAGAGGAGCCGUCUACCACCCUGGCGGGCGCCCCUGAAAUUACGGUCCCUGUGGUGCCAGCGGUACAGGUCCCUGUGGUGACUGAGGUAGUGACAACGGCGGAGGCGGAGAUGCUCGCGCCGGUGACUCGGGAAAACUCGGAAACGGAACAGCGGCGUUCGGGCCGUGAGCGCAGGGCACCGGACCGGUAUGACCCAUGCUCAUACAAGCACUUUUACGGCUUGCUGCUGUUGGUGUUGUUGUUUAUGCCCUUAGUCGCAGCACUGGAGGUGGCUGUCUGCGACUGCUCUUCACCACGACAUGUCGGUGUCGUCAGUUUUGAGCGCUACGAGCAAUGCCGGACCAACAUGUCGUCCGUCAAGUUCACCCCGGUCAAGUAUGACAUCUAUACAGAAGAUAAAGCCCGGACCGUGUUCCAAGGCUUCAGCUGUCGGGCCUGGGACGAGACCUUGCACAUCGAGGAAGGAUUUCUUGGCUGGAGGGACACGACGAAGUCCUCCAAGGAGAAGCCGUUAGCAGCGGGGGAUUGUUGGGUUAUGGCUAACACGUUCAAAUGCGGUGUGAAUUCAAUGGUGAAGCGUGGUAGUGUCUGGUCUUUUACAGCAGAGCCGAAGGGCGAAGGAGCCUGGUACUCUACGAAAACGUACACUACAUACAACUGUGAGCUCGAGGAGUUGACCUUGGAGCAGGAGUGCAAAACGUGCCCAAUUAUGAGUAUCGUCGGUGAGGUAGCGACGGAUCGCACCGUAGGCUACGCGAUUCUGGCACACCGGACCGUGGUAUGGAACGACAUUUCGCAAACGCAGAGACCGUGCGAGACGGCUCGGCUGACCAGGCGCAAUGGCGCGCUUGUGCGGACAGACCGGAACAAAGGCAUUCCGUGUGGUCGGAGAAACGAGUAUGCUGCUGGUGGUGCUGACGCGUGCGGAGAAGAUCCUGUUCCAGGAUUUCAACUACACCGCCGGAGGCAGUGUCGCGGGAGGGGAGGAAAAGAUUCGGCAUUUAGAGGCAAAAGGAACUUGCUGGGGUUCGCGGGUGGGACACAUCCCGGAUUUCCGUCGGGAUCAUCGCGCACCGUAAUGCCGUUGCCCGUGACAGUGGCUACAACAACUGUCGGAAGAAAGACGCCGGAGGCGGAAGGCGCAACCACUGAACCCCCGAUGACGCUACAACAGUAUCUACCGGAGCAUCUGCAAUGGAUUAUGGACUCGGUUGUGGAACAAGAAAACCACAUCGCGGAGGCGGUUAACGCCGUCGAUUGUCGGUUAAGUAGACUUAAAAUCGAAAAUCUGCAUUCACUAUCGAAAGUGAGCGGGAUUUUGGCUGCGCGUGCUAUGCACUUUACAGAGUGUCAAAGCCUGGAGAGAUUCGGGAGCAUGGGCAUUUUACGACAGUGCCGACCGUUCAACCUGACGUUCGAAGCGCAGAACACUGUCUACUGCGGCGUACAACCUCGUUCGGGAAACUUUACGAUUUCUCGCGACGGAUUCACGGCGAUUAAGUGGCAAGAAUGCUACUGGCAAUCGCAUACGGUGAACUUCCGUGGGAUUCCUCACGUCUGGAGAGACGGAGAUUGGCGACCAGUGCAGCCGGUGCAGUAUGCUGACCGACAGCUGUUACUCGCGCCUUUCCAGGAGACUGUUGACCUUUCUGGGGCUUUGCUGGAAGCAGCCGCCGAGAAGGAGCAUGCAAUGACGUUCCAAUUGCUUGGCCAGUUGGCCGGUGCGAUGGAGCAUAACGGAGUGGAGAACGUGGAAUCGUUCGUUCAGAACGUACAGCAGUCAGCAAGUGUACCUGACCUAAUGUCUAAGAUACGUUGGUUCAAAACGAUGUUCGGGUCGAUCACUACGGUCGUAGUGCUAGUGCUGAUUGUGCUGGUCAUCUUUCAGUGUCGUGGACCGAUAGCUGGAUGCGGGAAGCGGAUUUCGAAUCGCUUGGCCGAACGGAGACAUCGUCGCCCGACUGUGGUAGCGGAACCGGUGACCUACGUCAGCGCUCCUGAGGAUCCCGGCUAUGAAGCGAUUAACCCACCGGACAAGGAGGAGGGACGGAUUUUCAUUCCGCUGCACCGUACGAAUAACCGGACUUAACGUCUUGAGGGACCUGCGACGUCUGGGAAGGGGGCAAUGUUACAUAACCGGAUUACUCAUGUAGUAAUGUAACCUAUGGUCAUAUAUGUUUUUCCCUAUGGUCAUGUACCUAUGGUCAUGUGUGCGUUUAUUCUAUGGUCAUAGUCCAUGUUUUUGCCUUUCUCAUGCCCUUGUGAGCCAGAUGUACUGACAAUGAGUGAUUGUCUGAUAUUAGGUCGUUUCCCUGGAUGUCCUGUUAUUUCCGGCUUAGGCCGUUAUAUAAGCUCAUGUUUACUUGUUAUUUGUUAGUUCUUAGCUGAGUAUUAUUAAAGUGGCUAAAACCCGA